CGUCACGCCACACCCGCCCUAGUGAGUUUGUGCGCGCUCCCGAAGAGUCCCCAAACACAACACUACGCGACGAAACCGGACAGAAGACGACCGAUUCUGUUAUAAAAUGACUGUUAUAUCACCAGACGAGGCCGUUGAAGCUUACUGUUAAUCAGGUUCCAGUUUUUCCUGUCUCCAGCCAUGUCUUGUCGUGACAUUCAUGCCACCAAUGCUUUCGCCUUCAUCAUCGCAAUUCUGUCAGUGGCCGGUCUGACCGUCGCCACACUUAUUCCUCAGUGGAGAACCACCCGCCUGCUCACCUUCAACCGCAAUGCCAAAAACGUGACUGUGUACGACGGCCUGUGGACCAAGUGUGUGCUGCGUGAUGGUUCUUCGGGUUGCUAUUACUUUGAUUCAGACUGGUACGCAAAAGUAGACCAGCUUGACCUCAGACUGCUGCAGUUCUGUUUACCCACUGGUCUGUUUUUUUCCAGCUUGGCUCUUCUGCUCUGUCUCACUGGCAUGUGUAAAACUGCUUGCUGCUCCAAAACACCUGACGACAUCAAGAACUCCCGCUGCUUGGUCAACAGCUCAGGCUGCCAUCUAGUGGCCGGGAUGCUUCUGUUUCUAGGCGGGGCCAUCGCUAUGCCGCCCGCCGUCUGGUUCCUGUUUCACACUCGUAACCUCAACGAGCGUUACGAUAAUCUGUUCGCCGUAGAUUUUGCGGUGUAUGUGGCCAUCGGUAGUGCUGGUGGUCUGAUCUUAGCUGCUCUGCUGAUGUUCAUGUGGUAUUGCAUGUGUAAAAAACUGCCUUCUCCCUUCUGGCUACCUCUACCUGAAGUGCCUGCGAUGACCAACAGCCUCUCCGCGCAGCCCCUCAUGACCAACGGCUUGCCUUCUCCUGUGACAUACGCACCCCAGGCCUUCCCUCCGGCUGUUCUGGACGCCCCCGUCUUCGUCCCAGCACAGGGUUACCCUCAACCUGCACCCACUCAGCCUAUUCCACCCCAUGUCUACAUGCCACAGAUGUCUAUACCUGACGGUUACGGCUCAGAAGUGGGAGCCUCACAGGCAUAUAGUUACGCUCCCUCUCAAAGCUACGCACCUUCUCAGGGAUACGCCCCAUCUCAAAGCUACGCCCCCUCACAGAGGUACGCUGGGCACCGCUAUUCCACACGCUCACGUAUGUCCGGCAUUGAGAUUGACAUUCCUGUCCUUGCUGACUGAAACUGAGUUGGGUGUUUCAAAUCAAACUGGUGUUUCAUUUCUGUAACUUGGAAAUUGUAAAUUAGACAUAGUGAAUUUAAAGUGAACAAAAUAGAAAAGAAAAGCCUUCAUAUAAUUAGUGUAGCAGGUACCUUGGUUACAACACUGAAAAUGGCCAAAAAGGUCAUCAAAGCAAUAACACAAGUGGAAUUAGAAUUAGCUGUGUACUUCUAUCUCUCAAUGAGUUUUAUUCAUUAAAAAUUAAUUUGAGUAAACUUCAUAAUUUGAGAAUGUUGCAUUGAAUUCAGUGUGACAGGUUUACGUAUUAUGUACACAGAAAAACUUUCUACUAAUUUUCAUGACCCUAAUGUCUUUAUUCUGCUUUUUAAAUAUCUUUGAUAGUAACACUGAACGUAAUGCUGAUGUUAAGCACUGUUUUAACCUGUUGAUGAAUAUGUAUUCUUAACAUCUAAAUGUGAUGCUAACAAGUAAAUGCUAGAAAGCGAUGCAACCUGUUUUAUGAUUGCUUACACUUGUAUUACUGUUAAGUCAUGAAGUUUCAUAUUUGCCUUUUAUGUUGCCUUAUUGUUGUAAUACCUGAACAUGUUUUUUUUUUUUUACUUUGUUGUUUUGUGAAGGAGAAUUAAUUUUUACUUUAUUAUUAUUAUUGCAAUGGAAUUUUUUAUUUUAAGUUCUAUUUUAAUGUUAGUUUAAAAACUGUUAAGCUACUACAUGAACACUUACAUUACAUAAUCUUUUUUAUACUUUGAAGGGUUUGCAGGUUUUAGAAAACGUUGUCGUUUAACUCCUGUUUCUUGUUGUUUCUGCCUGAUGCCUUUGAGCAGCUGAACUACUCUUAAGACUGUACUUCCACUUAUUGAUUUAUGCUUUGUAAUGAGCCUUACUUGAGCAACAAACCAUUAAUGAAACGCUGCACUGCAUUCCACUGUAUUCUUUUAGUGCAAAUGUAUUGCAUUUUAAAGCUGUCACACCAGAGAAGUCAUUGCAGUGUAACUCGAGCAUUUGAAUAUUACAUGCUCUAGUAGUAUGUUAGUUUACUGUUACAUAGUCACUUAAUUCAUUGUUAAAAUGAGAGUAAACACUAAUGUCUUAAAAACAAAGCUCCUUUUAUAAUGCCUAUAACAUUUUUGCACAAAUCAACUUAAACUUGCCUGUUUUUGCAGAGCUUUAUUGCAAAAUGUUAAUUGUUUUUGUUUUUUCAUAAUCAGUGUAUAGGCUACUAAUGUCUUGAGUGCUCUCUUUAUUAAAGUGAAGUUUAUCAAGUGUCA